AUGGCUCAGUCCCAUUUCAAAGUGAGUGGUGACCACCUCACUUACGGACCCACUGAUGGGACUCAGUAUGUCUUUCAAAAGACAAUUUACCCAGCAGUGCAGAGCUCGGGCAAUGAUCAAUCUACUUACGGUGCUUUGAAUGGUCCGCGGAUCAAGAAAGACUUUCCCGACGAGAACGGCCAGGAAAUCAAAAGCUGCGACAAGUUCAAUCCCUUGACCAUCAAAGGACCCAACAUCAUCAAACGGGAACCAGGUAUCAAAAUGGAACCACAGGAGUUCAACAAUGCUCAGCUAAUUCAAGGCCGUCUUGUCAUUGACCUCACAGAAGAAGACGACAAUCCACCAACCCGAAAACGUCCAAUGCCGCGUGCCGAAUUAUUAAUGGCCAAGCACCAGCACCAGAAGGCCGCGAGAAAGCCGCUUGAAACCGUUCAACACCCAGUUGAAAGCUUGUUCGUGCAGGAUGAUGAUUUCUCAGGGUCUGCCUCCCCCAGGACCAGUGACUGGUUGCUCGACACAGGUGAAGAUGAUCUUUCUGGAUUCAACGAGUACCAGAAACAAUUUCAAAGCCUGCAAUCCCCAUCCAUCGAACAGCAGAUUGAGCUCGAAAAGCGGAGAGAGGAAGAGCUUCAACGAAGGAGAAAGGUCAAGAAUGACCAACUCUGUGACCUGACUGUCCAACAGGAAUUGGAAGGGAGGCCGGAAGGCGAGAAGGUUUCUUCUCCUGUCUUGAAAGAACAGCCGCAACCUGAAGAUUCGCAGCCCAAAGAGCAAACCGAGGCAGGCUUAAAAAAGACUGCUACAGUAAAGCCACCGGUCACACGAGUCUCAAAAUCGGGGAUCAGAAAGGCCAAAGAAAUUGGACUUGCUCAGUUGCUUUUAAAGAAAGGGGUUCGAAAUAUUAAGGCCAACGAAACCGAGCCUGAAACGGAGCAAGCACCUGGCGCAGAAAGAAAGCAGAAAAAACAUCGACGCCCUCCCACGGUAUUGUCAAACGAAGAAAUCCGAAGCAUUUUCAAAAAUGACGGUGGUCGCAAAAAAGGAAAGGAUCCGUUACCUCCCGGGUUUGUGUCUACAGAAAAAAACAAGCAAAAGGCAUUUAGGGAGAUGCUUGCCAGUAUCCCAGUUGCAGAAAAGGCUGGAGCACGUGCAGACAUAUCCAUCCUGGAUGAAGCGACGCGGACUUUCAAUCCAUCAGCAAGGUCAGACGGACAAGGGAAAUGGAAGGUCAGAGGGAUAAAAACAUGCCUCAUGGUGAACCAGAUAUUAGCUGCCUCUUGGAUGUGCAAACGAGAAACUUCUUCGAGUAAGCCGAAUGGCGGUUUACUCUGCGAUGUGAUGGGCUUUGGUAAGACUCUCUCGGCUCUAGCGUGCAUCGUGAAUCGAAAGAUACCAUCUCAGCCAGAAGGUCCGACUCUGAUUGUUGCCCCGAGAAAUUUGAUAGAGACCUGGAUGUCGCAGAUUCAGCAACAUUGUGAGAAAGGAGCAGCCGGGAGGAUCAUUGCACAUUGCUCUGGUUCACGCGUGAGAACCGAUGAGCUCGCCCCCGAACUCAAAGAACACGGCAUUGUGUUGACAACCUACUCGGAGAUUGCUGCCUCGUAUCCUGAUCUAAAGCCGCCCGCUGAACUCCAGACCAUUGCCGCUAUCCAAGAAUGGUGGGACCAAGAAUAUGACGAGAAAGCAGGUGCCUUUCAUCAAAUCAACUGGCACAGAAUCAUUCUCGACGAAGCACACAUUAUCAGGAACAGGAUGACCAGAACGUCGAUUGCGGUUCGCUCUCUAAGCGGGUAUUUCAAAUGGGCUUUAACCGGAACACCUCUGCACAACUCCGUUGAUGAACUUUAUGCUCUAUUUGCAUUCAUCGAUGUCCCCAACAGCCACCCCUACCACAUCUUCAUGCAUAACUUUUGCAAUGGGACGGAUGAAGCCAAAAAGCGUUUGAUCAACAUGCUUCGCGCCGUCAUCCAUCGCAAGACCCACGAGAGCCGUCAUAUGGGAAGACCCUUUAUCGAGCUCAAAAAAUUCGAUCUAAAGGAGAAAAAGGUCGAGUUUUACCCAGUGGAAAGGCAGAUCUACUCCGCAAUUGCGGAGAAGUUCAUCGAGAAAGUCAAUGCUACUACCCAAAUAAAAAAGCAGAGCAAAUGCAUUUUGACGAUGAUCCUAAAGCUACAGAUGUUCACCAGUCAUCCACUUACUGCAGAAGAUUACCUCAAGCGAGUGUGCAAUUUCAACAGCGCACUGGUUACAAAGCUAAAGAGUUGGGUGAAGAAUGAAACAAGUCCAGGAGACCCGUCUCCAUCAAGUAAAAUUGCGAAGUGCUGUCUUGCAGGGAAAUACCAAACCGGUAUGCCUACAGCUCCUCUGAGGUCUCGAGCAGAAAGCGAAAAUCUUCGACCACGGCCGCCCGGAAAUUGCGCAAAGCUUGUUUCAAAGUUCGGGGAUAAAAUCAAAGAACUCCUAAGAAAUGGAGCAUACUAUGAGAGUGAUCAUCGCACCUGGUUCUGUCCUGGCUGUGACGGGCUCCCAGCAAGGGCUAUUAUCACGGACUGUCAACACCUUUACUGCGAAGAGUGUUUUGACGCACUCGCCGACGGAGAAGGGAACACCGAUGGUGUCGAUCGCUUGUGCCAUUGUUGCAAGAUUCCCAUCAAAAAGGCUGCAUUCUACGGAAUUUAUGAUGACUUCGAUACACCUCCACUGGAGGCUGCUGAGUCUUCUUCUCUUGAAUCAGCGGGCCAGCAAAAGCGACCAGCAACACCGGAGACAAGCACAGAAAAGGAAUCUCGAACCAAGAAACGCCGGAAGGGUAAAAAUUCUGGUCCCACUUUCUCAGAAUGGUUGUUGGCCGAUGGAAACCCAGUCUCAUUUGAUGACGAAAGCGAACAUGAGAACCAAGACGAAGGGGAAGACGAAAACCCUGACGAGGGUGAUGUUCCCUGUGAGGAAGUGGUUGACAAAGGUCAAGAUUGGAUAACGUUAUUUGGGAGAUCCAUGCCGGGCGCCAAAUUUGAUGCAAUCACGUCUCAAGUCAAAAAGUGGUUCAAAGAAGACAGCACUGCCAAAAUCGUGAUUUUCACACAGUAUGUCAACAGCACCAGGAUGUUGAAGUACUUGUGUGAAGAGAAUAACUGGCAAUACUCCCAAAUCACGGGUCGAAUGGCCAAUAGGUCAAGAGAAAUCCAUCUGGACAACUUCCGAAACAAAGAUGACACAAAGAUCAUGAUUGCUUCGAUUAAAACGGGUGGCCUAGGUCUUGAUUUCUCCGUGGCUAACAAGUGUAUCCUGAUUGAUCUAUGGUGGAACGAAGCGGUUCAAGACCAGGCAUUCUUUCGUCUUUGGCGUCUUGGGCAACAGCGAGAUGUCGAAUGUAUCAUGCUCAUGGUCGCACAUUCCAUUGACGAUUGGAUGGACAGUACCCAGAAGCGGAAAGCUAAGGAGAUUAGCGAAGUCUUGAGUCAGAAUGUGCUCAUGGACCGAAACACACUCAAAGAACUGCUAGAGAUGUUUGGUGAAGUCACGGAUGAUCCAAAGGAGGGAUUCAGGGUCCAUCUAGCGUCCAAAAAUGCGUCCCAAGAUGCGUCAAACCCCACGCCCACACCCGCGCCCAAAGCCACUUCCAAAGCAAAGGCUACUCGGUCUGCGCCUCCUAAGAAACGGAGUUAG